AUGAAGGCAUUCUUUGCAUGGCAGCAGCGUGAUUUGCUGCGUGGCUUGCAGGGAAUCGGUGAGGGUAGAGCAGAGCUUGAGGGGAGGUGGCAGAGAAUGAAGGACCGUAUUUGUGUGGUUGGACCGCUCCCUCGCUACGUUUUUGACGAGAACAAUUACUCAGGGCGCCGUAUCGCAAUUAAAACUGCGCUGUCCAACACGUCUGACAUAUGCUGGGAGCACUGCGCAAGGCUUUUGUUUGGCAAGGCUGAGUGGGGCGAGGAUGGGACCGCGGACAAGCUGAUCAAGGUGGUGCGUGUGUUGAGGAGGAGCGCGUGGUGA